UGAAUUUCAGGUCUUCUCAAUCAGAGAUGCUGCCGCUAACAACUUGAAGCGGCUUGCAGAGGAGUUUGGUCCAGAGUGGGCAAUGCAGCAUAUAAUUCCUCAGGUGCUGGAAAAGAUCAACAAUCCGCACUACCUGUAUCGCAUGACGAUUCUGCAAGCUAUCUCAUUGUUGGCCCCUGUCAUGGGUGCAGAAAUCACUUGUCAAAAGCUGCUUCCAGUUGUCAUUAAUUCCUCAAAGGACAGGGUUCCUAACAUCAAGUUCAAUGUUGCAAAAGUACUGCAGUCGCUUGUACCGAUCCUUGAUCAAUCUGUUGUGGAGAAGACUGUGAAACCAUGCCUUGUUGAGCUCAGCGAGGACCCUGAUGUGGAUGUAAGAUACUACGCAAACCAGGCCCUGCAGGCGUGCGAUCAAAUGAUGGUGUCAAGCUAACUAGUCUGAUAUUUAGAGCUUGAUUUUUCUUAGUCCAAUUUUGGAGUGCCUGUAAUUUGGCCUUUAGAUUGAAGAGUUCCUUCUAGCCUCAGUAACAGAUCGACUGCCAUGCUGAUAAAUGGACGGUCUCGAUCCCUUGUUCGUUGUGUUAUUGAUGUUGUAAUUGAGCAAGACACAACACGUCGUUAUUAUGUGUGUUUACAAGGUAGAUUGGACUUGUCUUUUUAAAAAAAAUGCAGAUUGGGCUUUGCUUUCUGUUUCUGA